UUCCUCCCUCCAGAGCGGUUCGACUCGUUGAGUUCCUUGGCGGCUGGUGGUGGUUGUCGCUGCGUGUUCGUACCCUCGGACUGGUGGUUUACCGGGUCGGAUGACAGUCGGUGUUCUGCAAGUUUACACCUAACCUCACCCCCGCAGUGCAGGAGGAAAGGGGGUGCUGGGGAAAGGGAGGGGGAGCUGCAGCGGCGAGUCUGGGCGGUGUGGAGAAACGCUGUGACUCGGCUCCGGGACCGGGACGGGGACCGCGACCGCGACGGCGACCAAUAGCAGAGUGCCUGCACCACGUGUCGGCGUCUCGGCUGUGGCGCGGCCGGCGCCGGUCACGGAUUUAAGGGCGGCCGAAAACGAAACCCGACCUGUUUGCCGGUCUCCCGUUUGACGCCCGCCCAUCUCCGGCCUUCGCCGCCGCUCCCCUCCCUCACGUCCACGGCCUGCAGAUGAGCUUGGGAAAGCAGCCACGGAGGUCGGAUCCGUCGCACCGGCCGCUGAGCCAGUCGCCGCCCCGCAAGAAGCCGCUGAGCGAGCCGGCGCCGGCUGUAGCCUCCCCGGCUGGGAAGCGACACUUCGCCGCCCUGGUGCUGGCCCGGGGAGGCAGCAAGGGGAUCCGGCUGAAGAACAUCAGGCUGCUGGCCGGCCGGCCGCUCCUGGCUUGGGUGCUGAGGGCAGCCCAGCACUCAAGGCAGUUCGACAGCAUAUGGGUUUCAACUGACCAUGAUGAGAUUGAAAAAGUGGCAAGAAAGUAUGGAGCUCGAGUGCACCGUAGAAGUGCAGAAGUAUCAACUGAUACUGCAAGUUCUUUAGACACUAUCUGCGAAUUCCUUAGAAACCACAAAGAUCCCGAGAUGCACAUUGACGUGAUUGGUAAUAUACAGUGCACUUCACCUUGUCUCCUCCCGUGUCAUUUGACUGAAGUGGUAAAGAUGAUGAAGGAAAAGGAGUACGAUUCAGUGUUUUCUGUCGUAAGACGUCAUCAAUUUCGGUGGUUGGAGGUACAAGCAGAUAAAGUGACAGAGCCAUUGAAUUUAAAUCCAGCUAAGAGACCAAGGAGACAAGAUUGGCGAGGAGAGCUCUGUGAAAAUGGAUCAUUCUAUUUUGCCACUACAGAAUUGCUUGAGAAUGGAUAUGUCCAGGGUGGUAAAAUAGCUUAUUAUGAGAUGCAGCCAGAGUAUAGUGUAGAUAUUGAUGAAGAACUUGACUGGCCCAUUGCUGAACAAAGAGUUAAAAGGUGUGGUUAUUUCGGCAAAAUGAACAAAGUAAACCUUGUUGUUUGUUCCCUGGACUCGCAACUCCAAUGUGAAUGCAAAAGUCGAGGGUAUGAGUUGUCAGAUAUGCCAAGAAUUAAAAAAAUGAAGGACCAUAACAUUCGGACUGAAUUCAUCCCUGACUCUGAUAGAGAAAGGAAGAGGAGCACCAUGGAAACAUGGCUGAAGGAAAUGGGCAUUGGUUGGGAGAAUGUGGCUUACUUUGGAAACAAUGACUCUGACCUCGAGUGCCUGAAGAAAGCUCACUUCGGAGGUGUCUGUGGUGGAGCUGCACCCCACGUUCAAGAAGUGGCAGACUACAUCUGCAGCAGCAAAGAUAGAAUCUGUGAUGUGGAGGAAUUUAUUAACUACAUGGUACAGCUGAUGGCAAAACAUAGAGCUGAGAACUCUGGGGAGAGCAGUACACCUGGAAGCACAAAGGCAAAAAAGGAUCUGAAAACCAAAAUGAACAAAAUAAAUCUUGUGGUUUGUUCCUCAGACUCUACCCUCGAAAGUCAAUGCCAAAAUCAUGGCUAUAGGUUGUUAGUGAUGCCUGAAGUUGAAAAAAUGAAGAAAAAUAGCAUUCGGGUAGAAUUGAUUCCUAACUCUAAACAAUGGAAGAAAAACACUAUGGAAGUAUGGCUGAAGGAAAUGGGCAUCGGUUGGGAGAAUGUGGCUUACUUUGGAAACGGUUUCUCCGAUCUCGAGUGCCUGCAGAAAGCUCGCUUUGGAGGUGCCUCUGGUGGUGCCGCACCCCAAGUUCAGGAGGUGGCAGACUACGUCUGCAGCAGCAAAGACAGAGCCGGUGAUGUGAAGGAAUUUGUUAACCACGUGAUUGGGCUGAUGGCAAAAUGCAAAGCUGAGAACAUGGGAGAGAGUACUGCGCCUGAAACCGCAAACACUAAAAACCAUCGGACAACCAAAAAGAAAGAAGUAAACCUUGUGGUUUGUUCCCUGAGAUCACAGUUUGAACAGGAAAGCAAAAAUGAAGAGUACAUUUUGUCAAUUAUGUCUGAAGUUAAAAAAAUGAAGAAUAGCAGCAUCCGGGUAGAAUUUAUUCCUGACUUUGAACAAUGGAAGAAAAAGACCAUGGAAGUUUGGAUGAGAGAAAUGGGCAUCGGUUGGGAGAAUGUGGCUUAUUUCGGAAACAAUGACUCUGAUGUUGAGUUCCUGAAGAAAGCUUGCGUUGGAUGUGCUUCUGGUGAUGCACCGUCCCAAGUUCAGCAAGGGGCAGACUACAUCUGCAACAACAGUGGUAAAAUUAGUGAUGUGGAGGAGUUUCUUGACCACGUGGCGCUGCUGAUGGAGAAACAACAGAGCCAAGAAUGCAAGCAGUAGCAAAGCAACUGAAAGCGCAAUCAUUCCCAAUGUUAAAGUAUUUUGAAAUGAACAGUUUAGAGUCAUGAACCUCAAAAGGGCAGGAAAAGAAGUAUGGAGUGAAGGAGGGGAAGAGAGGAGGUGAAGGGUGGGAGGUAAAUGGUGUAGUUUGAUAAACAGUCCUACAACAGUGAAACAGAUCCAUUGGUGAAUGCUGUCCAUGUCAGCCAUCAAAUGUAAAUUACUAAUCCCACUGUGCAGUAGCUUCACACGCAAGCACUGCAUAGAGGUGGGGUUGGUAGCAGCACUGUGAGGUUGUGGUUUUUGCUGUCUCCCAGAUGCAGGGACCUGGUUUUGAUUGUGAUUUCCGGUGCUGUCUGAGUUUUGACAUGCUCUGUGUCCAUGAAGGGUGCCCUGGGUGCUCUGGUCUCCUUGCACAUCAAGUGUUUCCUCUUGCAUUUCUGAUGGGUCAAUCAGUCACUAGUGUUGGCAAAUUGCAAGAGUGCCUAGAAAGGAGAGAUUGAAGGAUAUUUUAAAUACAAGAAAGUAAGAGGGAGAAUGGGAUUACGCUAUUCAGUGUUGGCAUAGAGACAAUGGGUUGAAUGGACUGUUCUGUGUUGUAACAGGUUAAAUGACAUCCUGUGACACUUCUGAAAUGACCAGAACUGUCAAAGCUAUCCAGUGCUUAUAAACAUUUUUGUGAAGUAUACAAAAUAGCAAGAAGAUUUAAUCGGUUUGGUUUAAAAUUUUAAUAGAUAUUCAUAAGUAUUUCUACAGUAUGAGCUUAUAUGACCUUGUUAAUUGGCCUGAUAUAAUGCUAAGUGGUAGAAUCUAGGGGAGUUGAUGGAAAUGUAGGAAGAAUUAGUUUGUCUCUGUUUGAUGGUUUUACAGCUAUGGAUCAAAGGGCCUUUUUAUGUGCUCUGACUCUUUAACAAUCACAGCUCAUCUCUUCUGGGUUUUUCAUUUGUGUGAUCUUGGGAAUCUGCAAGUUUGUGUGUGCGGAGCUAUUGGGGUAUACAUAGUAUAUGCACAGACUGGUUCAGCACAGUUGCUCAACGAUGUAGCAAUAUAUUUUCAAUAUUUGAGAAUGAAAUACUUGAAUCCCCUACACUGCCUCCUUCCCUUUUCCUGGUACUUCCACUCCCGGUCGUCUAUUUAUUAAAAAUAGUUUACUAUAUAAAUCAACGAUCUUUGAUUAGCAAUGUAAAUAUUGGAAUCUUCAGAUGAAUGUAGUUUGCUUUGAAAUGUUUGAAAUAAAUAAAUAAAUAAAUCUUAAUUUACUGUC